AUGGCCGUGGGGAAGAGCCAACAACCGAGUAGGAAGCGCCGCAACGGAGAGCUCGGCUACUAUCGCAACGAAGAGCUCGGCGAAGCGAUCCACACGGAGCGGCACAUGCGCGUCCUCGUCUGCGGCGCGGGUGCGUCGGGCCUAUGCUUUGCCUACAAGCUGCAGCGGUCGUUCGAGAACUUCUCGCUCCAGAUGAUCGAGAAGAAUCCGGAUAUUUCGGGGACUUGGUACGAGAACAGAUAUCCUGGCGUUGCCUGUGAUGUCCCGUCGCACACAUAUACCUUCUCUUGGGAGCCGAAGAGGGACUGGUCGGCGGUGUACGCCGGUAACGAGGAGAUCAAGGGGUACCUCAAAGAGUUCGCCACCAAGUAUAACCUCUGGCAGUACAUCCAGGUGAAUCGUGAGGCGGUCCGAGCCGAGUGGCAGGAGGACGCGGGAGAGUGGGCGAUUCAGGUGAAGGACACGAUCUCUGGUGAAGUGACGGAACAUACCUGCGACAUCUUCGUCAACGGGUCCGGCAUCUUGAAUCAUUGGAAGUGGCCAGAUGUCCGGGGAUUGAGCAACUUCAAGGGCAAGCUGCUUCACAGCGCCAACUACGAAGUCGACUAUAACCUAACCGGGAAGACGGUAGGCCUGAUUGGGAACGGAUCCUCGGGUAUCCAGAUCCUACCGGCGAUCCAGCCACACGCGGCCAAGGUAGUCAACUUCAUUCGGUCCUCGACGUGGGUUACGCCCCUUCGCGGGUUCGAGCAACACACGUACACCGAAGAGGAAAAAGCCGAAUUCGAACGUCACCCCGAGACGCUCCUGGCAUGGCGCAAGAACGCCGAGUCCAACGUCAACAAGAUCUUCUCCAUGUUCCUCGAGGGCAGCAAGCUUCAGGAGCAGACCAGGAGGGCGGUCACCAAGCAGAUGCAAAGCAAGCUCAAGGACCCGGCGCUUCGGGAGACGCUGAUCCCCGACUGGGGGUUCGGGUGCCGCCGCAUGACCCCUGGCGUGAACUACCUCGAGGCCCUGCAGGCAGAAAACGUGGAGGUGAUUAUCGGGGAGAUCGACAGGAUUACCGAGGAGGGCCGCGUCGUUGCCGGAGGGAGGGAGUAUGAGUUGGAUGUACUGAUCUGCGCCACGGGCUUCGACGUGUCUUUCAAGCCGCGGUUUCCCAUCCUGGGUUAUAAGGGGCAGAAUUUGCAGGAGACGUGGAGCAAGGAGCCGCAUUCGUACUUUGGGCUGGCGGCGCCGGAUCAACCCAACUACCUGCACUUCCUUGGGCCGAACUGCCCCAUCGGUAGUGGGCCUCUUGUGGGGGCCAUCGAGGCGCAAGCAGACUACAUGCUCCGGUGGUGCGACCGCUGGCAGACGGAAAAAAUCCACAGCUUCACGCCCCGGACGGACGCCAUCGAGGAGUUCGCGGCACGCACCGACCUGUUCAUGCGCGACACCAUCUGGGCGUCCGGGUGCCGCAGCUGGUACAAGGCGCACACGGUCCACGGGCGCGUGUCGGCGCUGUGGCCCGGCUCGAGCCUCCACUAUAUGGAGGCGCUGGCGCACCUGCGCCACGAGGACUGGCACGUCCGGUACAAGGGCAACCGGUUCGACUUUUUGGGCAACGGGUUCAGCCAGACCGAGUGUGACGUGACGGCGGAUCAGGCGUACUAUAUCCGGGAUGCGGAUGACUCGCCGUACCUGAGCAGGGGGAAGAUGAGGAAGAUUCUGACGAAGAGUGGCACCAUUGAGCCGGAGGUGCAGGAGGUGCAGGAGGUGGACGAGAAUGGCGAUGAGGACGAGUGGAAGGCGUGGUGUUAG